UUUGAUGGCCACAUCACCCCUGAGCUGCUUCUCCGCGCGUCCCAGACCCAGAUCUCCGGGCACCGCCGUCUGGUUGCUUCCGGCCGCCGUUCUCCUCCUCCUCCUCAACCGGUGGUCGCACAUGGCCUCUUACCCUUCUGUCUCCCCUCGUGGCUCCGGCUCGGUGCAGGUCGGGCGCGCCGAGCUUUACUCGAAGAUGGCGCGUGACCUCGACGAGCGCGGCGCGGCGUUCCUGAAGGGCGGCGAGACGUCGCAGUCGCUCACGCUCUCGGACCUCUUCGACACCGCAGAUGACGGCGCCGUCGUACCCAGGCUCAAGGCCGCCGACCCGCCAGUGCGCGCGAAUGUGCUCUAUAUGGACCCCAAGUUCGCCGCUGUGAUCUCGAAAGCUGUAAAGGACGUGUUUCUUCCUUAUUUUGACCAAGCUAUCUGGUUCCAAAAUACGAGCAUGUAUCACUUCAGCAUGUUUCAUGCCUCCCAUCACUUGGAGCCCAUUGUAGCAACUGAGGAUGAGAUUGAAGCCGAAGUGGAGGCAGUAAAAGGUGUCACCAAGAAUUUGUGUCCGCUUAAAAUUGUAUUGGACAGAGUGGUUUUGACCUCAACCGGUGUGCUUCUUGGCCUGUGGCAGGUUGAAUCUGGUACUGAUCCUGCAGAAAUCCGCUCAAGAUUGAGAGAAGCUCUUCCUCGUGCACCUCAAAAGCAACUGUAUGACCCUGUUCUGCUUCACACCUCGUUUGCACGAAUUCUGGGACAUCCCAGGCUCCCUAAAGAGCAAAGUGCAUCAUCGUUUGAUAAUGUCAAGUUCUUCCAUGAGCUAGUUGCUCAAAUUAAUGAGAAGAUCUGUGGCUUUCAGGCGACGAUAUCAGAGCUAUGGUAUGUCGAAGAGUACGAUGUUCUUGCAUUGGCACUGAAUGGAAAGAUGAAGGUGCGGAGGCUCCACCUUGGCUGCAAUCGUCAGGGCAUCUGAAGCUAGAGAGGUCAUGGAAACGGGAAAGGAUUAGGAGAUGCACAGCCACCAAACAGACUUUUUUCGCUUGCAUGUCUCGCCGAAAGGGCCACCUUGGUACUGCCCAGCUGAGCGAGAUGUGCUACAAUCUGCCUUUACAUACCGAGAACUGACAAGUUAUAUUGACCUAGACUAUCUUCAGCAGAUUAUCUAUCAUCAUUUCUAUAUUCAAAUUUCACUUUACGAACAUUAGUCUAUAGUACAGAAUAAACUGUUGGACACAGACUAAUGUUUAUGUAGGAACAGUAUGCAUGUUUUAACAAUAUAUAAUACAAUUAUUUGAGCACAACAACUAUUAAAGUGAUGUUUGGUUCAGACAUUGUU